CUAUUCCCUUCCCCCGUUUAAAACCCUCGCCUCCUCGCCGGCCCGAGCGGCGGCGACUGCAGUACGAGUGGCUCAAUGGCUGCCUCCAUCUCCCUUACACAGUCAUUUCGCCUUCGCGAUCCCCUCGUCGCCGCUCACCCCUUCCGCCUCGCCUCGCCGUUCCGAUUUGGAAGGUCCUUCCCCCUCUCCCGAAACCUUAGUUCUCGCUCGCCCUCGGCCUCCAUGAGUGUCCAGGCCCCCAAGAAAUCCCCCGAUGUCAAGUUCCUCGAUCGUAGGGAGUCUGGCAUCCUUCAUUUCGUCAAGUACCAAGGCCUCGGCAACGAUUUCAUUUUGGUGGACAAUAGGAAUUCUUCCGAGCCUAAGGUGACGCCGGAGCAGGCCGUGAAGCUGUGCGAUCGGAAUAUUGGCGUUGGUGCUGAUGGCGUCAUCUUCGUGUUGCCAGGGGUCAGUGAUACUGAUUACACCAUGAGGAUCUUUAACUCGGACGGCAGCGAACCGGAGAUGUGCGGGAAUGGAAUUCGUUGCCUUGCUCGAUUCAUUACUGAGCUUGAAAACCUACAUGGGAUGCAAAGUUUUAGGAUUCACACUGGUGCUGGUUUAAUAGUUCCUGAAAUCCAAAGUGAUGGAAAGGUAAAGGUAGAUAUGGGUCAGCCUAUCCUUCAUGCACCAGACAUUCCUACUACGAUUCCAGCAAACAAGGAUGGGUCUGUCAUUAAAGCUGAACUUGUGGUCGAUGGCAUAUCAUGGAACGUGACAUGUGUUAGCAUGGGCAAUCCACAUUGUGUAACUUUUGGUUCAAAAAAAUGCGAGGCUCUGCAUGUGGAUGACAUAAAAUUGGAAGAUAUUGGUCCAAAGUUUGAGCACCAUGAAAUGUUCCCUUCUCGAACUAAUACAGAAUUUGUGCAAGUCAUUUCUCGUUCACACCUAAAAAUGCGAGUGUGGGAGCGUGGUGCAGGAGCAACUCUAGCCUGUGGCACUGGAGCUUGUGCAGUUGUUGUUGCAGCAGUUCUUGAAGGUCACACCGAAAGGCACUGCAUCGUUGAAUUGCCGGGUGGGCCAUUAGAGAUCGAAUGGAGGGAGGAGGACAACCAUGUCUACAUGACAGGUCCUGCAGAGGAAUUGAAGAUGAGAACUUGCAUAGGUGUUUUCUUAUGAACUGUAUGAUCACUUAUUUAACAUGUUUCGAAGCCCACAUGCAAAGGACUUGGAUUGUUCCCCUGUAUGAUUCAGGUCGUCUAUGGUUCCGAAAGUUGGAUGAAUGAGCUAUAGAUCAAAGUGGCUUGGAUGGGUUGUAGAGCACCACCACCUGUCCAAGUGGCAAGCCAAGCAUGUAUCAACAUCACCUACUGAGAGUCUGUCACAAAGUGGACUGUGCUUUCCCCCUUUUUGUGUUAUUGGGACACUAGAAGAGCAUCAAACUUACGGAACUCAUCGAGGAGAAUCUGGCGGUGGAGGAUGGAGGACAAAGGCAAACUUACGGUACUCAUCGAGUAGAAUCUGGAAUUCCAAUCCUUUUAUGGAUUAUGGCAUUGGGGGCCUUCGCACUAUCCUACAGUACAAUUCCAUCCGAUGGAGGCUGCGAUCGUUUAUUAUCUUCUUAUUCUACUACUACUGUGAUGUGUCUCGGAGAACAGAUUAAGAAAAAUAUGGAUCCGAUGCAUGGUUAAACCU